AUGGGCUCACCAGUGUCGUUCGUGCUGUCGAGGAUGUCGGGGUGCGGGGGCCCCGCCAAGAGCCGUGUGACGGUGCCGAAGCGCGUGUGGGAGUUCGUGACGCGGGAGCGCGCGGCGCGCCUGGCGCUGCUGGCGCAGGAGGCGCGGGUGCGGAUCCUGGUGGACGGCGAGACCCCCGAGCUGUACGUGCUGCAGCUCUGCGCGACCCCCCCGGGCCCGCCCGGCGCCGCGGGGCUCUGCCCGGCCCGCAAGGCGCUCAAGGCGCUGCUCAAGGAGACCGAGAAGGAGCUGAAGAAGCGCAGCCAGCGGCACGGGGAGGUGUUGGGGGCCCGGCCGGAGCCCCCCGCGGGCGCCGCCGGUCCCCCCGGUGCCGGCCCGGCGCGGGACGAGGAGCCGGAGCGGCAGUGCCCGAUCUGCCUGGGCGAGAUGCGGGGCCCGCGCACGCUGGAGCGCUGCCGGCACUCGUUCUGCGGGGAGUGCAUCGCGCGGGCGCUGCAGGUGCGCUCCGCCUGCCCCGUCUGCGGCCGCUUCUACGGGCAGCUGGUGGGCAACCAGCCCCCCGACGGGCGCAUGCUGGUCACCCGCGACGCCGCGCUGCCCCUGCCCGGCUACGAGGCUUUCGGCACCAUCAUCAUCCAGUACGUCUUCCCGCCCGGCGUGCAGGGGGUGGAGCACCCGAACCCGGGGGUGCGGUACCCUGGCACCACGCGUGUGGCGUACCUGCCCGACUGCCCCGAGGGGAACAAGGUGCUGGGGCUGUUCCGCAAGGCCUUCGCCCAGCGCCUCACCUUCACCGUGGGCACCUCGCUGACCACCGGCCGUGCCAACGUCAUCACCUGGAACGACAUCCACCACAAGACCAACUGCACCGGCGGGCCCCAGCUGUUCGGGUACCCCGACCCCACGUACCUCGCCCGGGUGCAGGAGGAGCUGCGGGCCAAGGGCAUCACCGAGGACUGA